AUGGGACUCAGGGCGCUCGUGUACGCCUACGUUCUCGGCGGAUUCACAUUUAUUCCGCUGUGCCUCAUCGCCGCCGUCUGCUACGCGAUCUACACGUCUGUGCCGGUCAAUGUGGAGGAGACGAGUGCGAAGAGGCGCUCUGUGGAGGGGGAAGGAGAGGAUGACGGCAAGGAGGGCACGGCGAAGGCCCAGGCCCAGGCUCAGGCGGCCAAGUACCGCAAAGCGUGGCUGACCGUCCGGCGUACGUUCGAGGAGACGGCGGCAGAGGGCGGGAAUUAUUCGCUGCUCAAGUCGCUGCUGGACUCGCGCUCGAAGGAUCCCAAGCGGUCGCGGCCGAGAGACAACUGGUAUGUUGUGCUCAAGGGCAAGGUGCUGUACCUGUACGAGGACGAGGCCAUGAGCGAGUGCUCCUCCGUCAUCGAGCUCGGCAGCCACGACGUCGUCGUCUUCCCCGAAGGCCUCCCCGACGGCGAACUCUUCUCCAAACGCAACGCGAUCUGCCUGCGUCCAAAGGCAGACCCCUCGUCCGGCCCCAAGGGCGCCAUGCCAUCGGUGACGAAACAGAUGCGCUCAUCCGAGGCCGAUAUCGAGCGCAUCGCGGAGGAACGCAGUGGUGGAAAUCCAAAGAAGAGAGAGCGCGAACGUCUGCGCCUGCAGGAGGAGCAGCGGAAACGCGAGGCGGCCCGGGAAGAGGCCCUCGACCCCUCCACGCCGUGGUUCAUCUUCGUAAAGAACAACUGCGACAUGGAGGACUGGUAUCUGGCGCUCGUUCACGCGUCAGAUCAUUCGCCGGAGACGUCGCCUCUCCAGCCAUUACAACCCGUAUUCUCGCCGGACGACAUGGAUUCGCUCGUGCACCAGCUUGACGAGCAACCCGACACGAUCCCCAUGCGCUGGCUCAACGCGCUCAUCGGCCGUAUUUUCUACUCGUACUACAAUACCGCUGCGCUCGAGCAAUACAUCAUUGGCCGUCUCAUGAAGAAGCUCGCCAAGGUCAAGCGCCCUGCGUUCCUGGCUGAGAUCGUCGUCACUGAAGCCAAUAUGGGCAAUACGCCUAUCUUGUUCUCCAAGCCUAUGCUCAAGGAGCUUACGAAGGAAGGCGACGCUGCGCUCGAGCUUAAUGUCAAGUACAAGGGCGAAAUGCGCAUCACGGUCGAGACCGUCGCUACAGUCUCGUUCGGCAGUCGGUUCAAACCGUAUAACGUCAAGCUCGUUCUGGCUGUCGUUCUCCGGGAGCUCGAGGGAAACGCCGUCAUUCGUGUUAAAAGGCCACCCAGCAACCGUAUAUGGUAUGCCUUCACACAAAUGCCCAAGAUGGUCCUCUCCGUCGAACCGGUCGUGAGCGAUCGGCAAGUUACAUGGACGAUGAUCCUCCAUUCCAUCGAGGCGAGGCUGCGAGAAGUGAUUCUCGAGUCCAUAGUCUUGCCUAAUAUGGAUGACAUCGCGUACUUUGACACCACCCAUAUCUCGCAUCGUGGCGGCAUCUAUGCCGACGCGAAGAGGGAGGAGCGGGAGAAGCGGAAGGGUACAUCACCGACUGCACCGGAAGGCGAAGGAGACGCGCGAUCUACAUCUCCGAGCAGCGAACACUAUCUUGAUGUCAAUGGCGAGACCGUCCAGGUGCACCGUUCUCAUUCUACAGGGGAGGUCGACGAGGAAUUCGGUACGACUCAGGCGGAAGAGCCCGUGCCGCCGCUAUCCUCCCGCGCUCGAACCAUCAACGGUGACCUUGACUCGCCCAAGUCGAAGCAUCAUUGGUUACACCACACGUCCAAGAAGAGCGCUGAUGAAACCCAUCAUCCAAGUACCCCGCCAUUCGUAAACGAACCUAUCACCGAGUCGCCUCCCGCCUCGCCCCCUCGGUCUCAGGUACACCAUUCGCCCUACUCUACUACGAGCGUCCAUACGAACGGUUCGGGGAAGAAGAAGCACUCGCUCUUCGCACGCAAGAAGAAUGGUGGUUCGCGCUCGCCGUCGCCUUCACCUGCCGCUUCCUCGGAACAUCUCGCGACAUUACCCUCCGCAGACUCGGUAUCGGUCAAGUCGGGGAAGAGUGGGAAAAGCAGCAAGAGCAAGGCGAGCACUGGCGCUAAUUCGCUUUUCGCUACAAUCAAGGCGAAGGCUGCAGAGCGCAACGCGGGGCGCAAAUGGACGAUGAAUUGGAACAAUAACAAGUCCGACCACCUCGGCGUGCAAGGAGAGAACGGUGACGGCGCCGGCCAGGACACCGAGGCUCGUCGGUUCAAGGAACAGUACAACGCCAAUCACGAUGAUGUCAGCAGCGACGAGGGCAGCACCCACAGCCGACUAUCCCUGGACAGGCGUAGCAUACACAGCCAACGUAGCGCGCGCGAUCUCAGCCCAGCGCCGUCUGCUCGGGCUAGUGCAGAAGUUCUGCAGCCAGAAAGUUCAAGCUCUAGCUCUAUGCAGGAACGUCGUGCUCACUUCGCUUCGCCACCACCUGAGCUUUCCCCUCGCCCCCGCUCCGAUGUCACGGUUGUAGGCCCGGCGUCGAUCAAGGCGGCAUCACCUGCCCCGCCGACCCUGAGCCCUGUGGAGGUGCCGCAAACCGUUAUCGUCCCGCCGACCCCUGCGAUCACAGAGCGCGCGCCGGCGUCAUCGAAUGAUGCCGUCCCGCAGAAGGUUCCAUCUCCGCCCACCAAGGCGUCUUCCGACCCGGCCGUUCGUACGGCUUCGCAGAACUCCUACGUUGCGCCUGACGAAGACGAGAUCAAGCCAAUCUCGGUGCCGGUGCGGACGCAGCCGCAGCGCGCGGGCGGGAUGAUGAUCCCCGGCAUCCAUGCGAAGCACAAGGGCGACGUCCAGAGCAUGGGCCACGUCGCGGCACCGUCAACGCCUCCGCCGUCUACCUCCCCUGAUCGUGGUCGCGCAGCGGGGCUUAGUGGUGCAGUACUCGGUCUGUGGGGGAAACGCGAGUCCUCCGCUCACUCACAGGAUGGCGAGUCUGUAAAGGCGGCAUCUUCGCAGGACGGGCAUGAGCACGGCGGAGAGCCAAGUACGCACAAUGAGACCCCAGUGCUAUCCGAUGCACCCGAGCCUCCCGCUCUCUCGUUACCGCCGCCCCUUCCUCCCCGCUCACGCGGCGCGUCGAACUCGUCGGUGGCCUCCGAGCAGCCACAGCCGCAACAACAACAGGAGCGCAAGCCGAGCUUGUUUGACGCAGCUAGCCUCGCAACCGCAGCUCUGAAGUUCAUCGCGAACAAGGACGACAAGGCCCGCCGUAAUUCGGGCUCCAGUCAAUCGCGCAUGAACGGCAGUCCCGGCCCCAGUCCCGGCCUGCCGCCCACGGCCAGUCCUGGUUUACCGCCUUCCGAAAGCCCAAAGCCUAUACGUACUGCAAGUCCGAGGCCGAGUGCUGAAAGCCCAAGCCCGAUCCCAGUCGUCGGCUCGAGUUCAUCGGCGCCAGAGGUGCCGCAAGUACGCUCUCCGACGAGCGGAAGCGUGACGCCUACGCCAUCACACAAGCCACCGCCUUUACCGCCCAGACGGCCGUCUGCACCAACAGUGGCCUGA